CAGGGGUUCUCUCUCUCCCCCCCCCCUUAGUAUUAUUAUUAUUAUUCCCCACUCUCAGAUCACCUUGGAGUGUGCAUGGAAUGGACUCCACCAGUUCUCUCAGCAACUUGGACGGACUCUGCGAGACCCCUUUUUAACUCUUUUCCUACCAACACCCCCCCAUCUCAAGUCAGCAGGAUGGCUGAAAAUGAGGCCGAAUCUCCCGGAGAACUAAAUACAUUAUUAUUAUUAUAGCCAAUAUUGGCUUUUUCGGAAUACUUCGCCCAUCCGAAAGGACUAUUUCUUUCCACAACUUCCGCCUUGUGGAUAAUGGAUGGCAGAGACUUUGGAGCUCCCCGAUCCGUCCACGUACCACCCCCGUUGUUGGCGGGGCUCGCCGUGGAGCCUCACCGACUCGGGGCUGCUGCAGCAGCCGGUAGGAUCCCUCCCUCACCCGGCCACUUGGCCGCGACCCACCCGCCUCCUCUCCACUCUGGAAAAUUUUUGCCUUCGGCCAUUAACCUGCAUGCACACCACAGUGAUGCCUUCCCAACGGGGUCCAAUCCCUUCUUGGCGGGUUAUCCGGGCCCCUCCCCCUUGACCUCUGAGCCUGCGUACAGAUCAGCCAAUCCUAGUGGUCUGCAAAUGGCUCCGCUCUGGGCAUCGCACGCUCACGAAGGCUACCCUCUUCCUGGCAGCCUGUACGCCAACCCCUACCUGUCAUUGGGACACUUGGACCCUCCCUCGAUCUCCCAAAAUCACCUAUAUGACUCCCAUAAAGAGAGCUUUUUCCUGCCAGCUGCUAUUAGUCAGUCAUCCCUCCACCCUCCAUCUGCUCCCCCAAGGACACUGUCCAGCUCGACACCACCCCAAAAGGCGUCUCGAGAUGGAGGCAGGGACCGGUCCUACCGGGGAGAGCGAGAGAGGGACAGAGACAGAGAGCGGUCCAAAGAGGAGCUGCGACCGUAUAGUGUGGUGGACCUCACGCUGGAUGGCAGGAGUGAGGAAGACCGCCGGGCGCGGGGUGGGGAGCGAGAGAAAGAGAGGGAAAGGGACACGGAGAGGGAUGCUUGGCCCUUGCAUUCUCACCACCAUCAACAGAAAUCCCACUCCCAACCCUCCACAGUGGAGCCCAGGUCCAGGCCGUCACCUACGCUGUCCUCCUUCCCUCCAGGUGGGGGCGGAGGCAUGACCCGGCUCCUUGGGCAAGAAUCGGACAGAGGGAACCGGGAGGGGGAGAUCGGUUCAAGAACCCACCAUCUCUCGCACAACGGAAACUCUAAUAACUCGAACUUGCUGACGUCCUCUCACUUGGAACGACAAAGGAGGAAUGACUCUGCAUCAGCGGGCACGCUCCCCUUCUCUUACACACUUCCUCCUGCCCUCCAGCCCUCCAUUACUGCUUUGCCCAACCCCCACACACCCAGAGAGUCAAUGAGAGAGCAAAGAGUCAGCGCGCCGACAUAUGUGCCUUCUGUGGAGGUUUAUGAUGAGCGGGUUGGGCCGAUCCAAAUCGCUUCGCAGGCCCGCGACAACAAGCACGGUGACAAACACCGAGAUCGAGAGCGCGACAAAGAGCUCGAACGGGAAAGCUACAGACUUCCUGAGAGGAGCUCGAUUGAACAUCCUCGGCUGUCCCAGUCUGGCGACUUGAGCAAUCAUCGAGAGGAAGGUUCUGUAAUUUGUUCUAACGGUUCCGUCGGCAAACGGGGCCAGGACUCCUCUCACUCGUCCAAUCAAUCAAGGUUUAGCCCAGAGGCUCGGGACAUGUCCAAGCACUCAAGUCGUCUGGGCUUUGAGCGGACUGGGGCGGAGCGAAAUUGGAAUUCCAUCAGUCCGUUGGCCAACUAUGCUACCAGUCACAUGGCCGCCUUCGCUGCCCAACACGGACACACACUCUCUUCCCCACACAGCCAGACAACACACUCACAAGUUUCCCAUUCCCCACGCACAAGCAACCGGCCCACCAGUAACUCUCACGUGCACAGACAUUCCCCUCAAACACACCCCACCGAACACGGACAGAGCUGCGGGGGCGAGGAAGGAAGUCAGAGACUCUACCUGGACCCGUCAGCCCUCUACCGACCUGGAGUGCCCAGUGGCGGGGAGCGAGCCGGUGGGGCGACUUCUGGCCCUGCGGAGGUUUCAGCCAUGCAGAGUCUCAUUAAAUACAGUGGGAAUUUUGCCGCCGAGAGUACCUCCUCCUCCUCUUCAUUGAGGCACACAGCAGACACCCGAGGGCCCUUUGGAGGUUUGGCCAGCGUCGGGAUGGAAGAGCGUGAAAGAGAAAGAGAGAGGUCAGCCAUAGGAUCAAGUAGUAUCGGGUCCUUGAGGGUCCCUCCCCAGCUGAAAAGAGAGCAAGAGCGGCCCGACAGCGCCCGAUCCUUUGGUAGGGAGGCGGAGGGAGAGGUUCGCCACCCUCCAGUUGGCAUCGCUGUCGCCGUGGCCCGGCAGAGAGACAGCAGCAGCAGUAAACAGACCAGUGGAUCCUCGGACCCUCAGAGGCCCCUGAUGUUGACGACUAUUAAAGAUGAAGAACGAAGUGAGGAACACGCUCGUCACCAUGAGGACAGGAUGCUCGCGGGCCGAUUGGAACGUGAUGACAAAGUGAUCAGAGACCCUAAAGAUCUGCCAGACCUCGCCCAGUUGCACCCUCCCCUGCUGUCGAGCAGCUUGACGCCCAGUAUGAUGACAACCAGCCUCAUGACUCCCAACCUUAUGGUGACUGGAGGGACGGGGCGAUGGCAUCCCGACCCUUCCACUCUGACCUCUCACCCCUGGAUGCCCCGCCCUGGAGCCCCUCCAGUCUGGCUCUCCAGCUCACCAUACAGCUUGAGCUCUUCCUCCCUUCACCAGACUCUUCCCCCAGGCUACCCACCAUCCCUGGGAGGCUCCAUUCCUCCUCCCUACCAGUUUGUCAGGGACUCGCAAACUGGAAAGCUUGUAGUCAUCCCAACAGAACACCUGCCACAUUAUGGAGGUGAUGCCCUGGAGCGUGGGGCCCCUGUGUGGCCUGGGGUGUACGGGACAGGUACUUCCUUGCAGCACGCAGCCCAGCUCCAGCUCCUCUCCCAGCAGCAGAUGCUCCGGCAACAGGAACUUCUCAUGAUCCAGCAGCACACGGCGCAGGUUUUGGAGCUGCAGAGGAAUGCACAGCUAGUUGAGCAUUUAAAGGCCAGUGAGCAUCGGCCAGACACGGACGACAAAGCAGACAAGAGGAACUCAGACUCCAAACCCCGCCUGUCGUCUAUGUCCUCACCGUCUCGCUCACCCGUCCCGCAGCCUCGUAAGCCUCGUCCUCCGUCUCGCUCACCGACACCCUCCACGUCCUCAGUCACACCGCUGCCGCCGCUGCCCUCGCCCGUGACCAACCUCAAGUCGGAGGAAGUGAGGCAGAGAGUGUCUUCUCACCCGCCCGCACCCCUGUCUCACGCGUCCUCACCCCGGUCAGCCUCGCCGCCUCCGUCCUCACCGCGGCGGCCGAAACAUGCCGAGUCUGCCGAGGACGGGCAGCCGGAAAGGCGGGAGUGUAGAGACGGACAUAAGCCGGCUUUUCAAGGCAUCUACUCGGAGCUCCCACCUGGUUACCCUUACCAAUCCAUCACUGCUCCUUUCGGCGCACCUUUCCCUGCGUAUCACAUCCCAGCACCCACCACAGCAAACACUGAAGUGCUUCCCCAACGCCACUCUCAUUCUUUGGAGUUGAGCGCCUCCCUGCCCUCAACCCACCUCCAUUCAAGGCUGCUAGAAGCGGACAUCAAACCACAAAAGUUGACGACAAAGAAUGAGUCGUUCCUGAAACAGGAACAUGUUGUGCAAAAGCAUCAAACGGACAUGACAACAGAACCCCUGCGUCCUCUACUGCGCAGCUGCAGCCCAGUUGGAGCCCGGCAGGAUAGAGGGGGCGGAGGGGACUCAUUGAAGCUUCAACCGAUACUUCAUCAGGUGCCCAGUCCUCCGCCGCAACAAAGCAAACGACCGAAUGACGUCAGGACAGAAGAAAAGGAAGGACAAAUCAAAACAGAGGUGGCGUCAUAUUUGUGUCAGGAAGCUUAUUCUUCUCCACUCAUUGGAGCUGAGCCUGAAGCAGUGGCACACAAGCAUCUCGAUGGGAUACAAUACCCACCACCCAUCACGGCAGAUCUGGAAUGCCAAGAACCCACCAAGCCAAGCACAAGUGCUGUGUGUGAAUCCCAACAACCAGCCACUCCAAAGACCUUGCAACACACUCCAAAUCAAAAGGAGAAUGUCACAGAAGCUGCCGACACGUCCGACUCGCCACUCCCACUGGUGGUUGGUUGUGAGCAUCCCAUGGCAGGGAUGCUUGCUCUACUCACAGCCAGUGAGAUGGCGCAGGCAAGCCUCAUCCCAAGAACUGAAAGCUCUGCUGACUGUAGCGCUGCCGGUUCUCUGGAGAUGGUGGCGCUCGAGGGCAUGGCCCUGCUCAGCCAAAUGGCCCAGAAGGAGAUGGAGAACAUCAGCAAGGAGAAGGAUCUGGCAAUAGAGGGUCUGGAUUAUCUUCUUGAGGUCAGCAGACAAAUUCUCCUGGAGGCCAUAGAGAAACAAUCCCACAUCGAUCUGCCCCGAACGCUCGAUCCCAACAAGAAAUACAGCUGGAGGCAGAGGAAAGAGGAACCGCUGUAUAGCAAAAUGUCUAUGGACGUGUUGGACGCCGUGGAGGUGGAAUACCGCUUCCGCCUGGCUGAGCUGCAGAAAACAUACAAGGAGAAGCAGAGAGAGAUGAGCAAGCUGCAGAGACGCAGAGACAAACAGUGGGUGCACACACACUUGCCACAUCUCCAUACAGACCAUUUACUCUCUUGUCAUGUCAGUGAGCGGCAGGAGGAUGAGAGGCGGAGUUUAACGAGGCGAGGCAGAGGGCGGCCUAGGAAGAGGAAACACUUGGCCACACCUCCCAAACUGGACAGCAGGCCUGGAAAGGUGGGUAGGACAGUGCAAUACUCAGAGGACUCCGAAACUGGGGAAGGACACAGAAAGAAGUUUCGCGUGUCCAGAGAAGAUGAGGAGAUGGAGACGGGAAGUUCAGGGGUGAAGGUGAAAAAGAAGAAAAAGAAGAGCUGGAGUGACCAGGAUCCAUCCAGCAGUCAUGCUCCGGAGGUAAACCCACUUGGGCUGAAGCUGAAACGCAGCCAUGUGUGCGAGCAGGAGCAGCUGGCAUCAGACCUCAACAGAGCGCUCUCGCUCUCGCAGCUCGACUCUCUCGGCGCACCCCGCAAACUUACAUCCAGCCACAAAGGAGAGCGGCCCAGGGGCAAGUCCACCGACAGCCAGGCGAAGGAGCAAGCUAUCCACUCUUCGUCGAAAGGCAAACACAAGGUGGCCAUGAAGGCCUCAGAGGCCAUACGGAAGGUGAAAGGUCACAAGAAGAGCGCUUUGUUCUCCCCUGUGAGAUCAGAGAUCAGCAGCUGCUCUAACAACUCUGACUCAGAGGGUCACAAUUCCACAAGAGGGGGCUGGCCCUCUCUGUCAGGGACGGGCUCCCACAGCAACCUGACCCGCAAGAGACGUGCUGCGUUGUCGCCGACCUCCGUGCUGUCCAGUGCCAAGACCCAGAAGAAGAAGAAGAAGAAGAAACACAAGCACUUAUCCCUGCUGCUGGAAGAAGCAGGCCUCAGCUCCUCGGACGACUCGUUCGAUCAAGAAACUUCGGAGGAUGACUACGAUGAUAACGAGGAGUCCAAUUCAGAAGACGGUGGGUGUGAGGAGAGCGGCCUGGGUCUGUUGGCCAGGUUCGCGGCGAGCGCGCUCCCCGUCAGCUCCACCCCUUUGACCCUUCUCCCUGAUGGCAAACAUCGCAGCCGGCAAAGCACUCUGGGUUCAUCCGAGUGCGAGUGGUCUGACUCUGGCUCCGACUUGCGCCUGAGAAAGUUCCCGUCUCUGCUUCACGGCAAACGCUCCGCGCCAGAACUCCCCCUGUUGCCCCCUGCGACCCGCCGCAUUGACCAGACCAGCCCGACUCAGCGGGACGACGCGCUGCCCGUCAAGCGCAAGCAUCUUCCCACCAAGCCUCGUCCCACGCCGCAGUCGCCGCGGCGCUUCAGCUUCGACCUGGCGACUGCUUCCGGCUGCGGGGGCUUCAGCGAGGAUGAAGCCUGGAACCGGCGCCGCAGCGAGAGGAUCUUCCUCCACGACGCCACCGCCUCAUCAAACUCUGCUUCCACCAGUCACAACUCUGCCCCGCCUCUCGCCUCCAAGCCCGCCUCCAGACCCAAACAGCUUCCUCCCAGCAGAGAGGGAAAAGAUGCGGUGAAAAAAAAGAAGGCCAAGGACUCCUCCUCCUCUCUGCCUGUGAGCCCAGCCUCUUUGGGCAGUCCAUUGAGAGACGGCACCGCGGCUCUGAGCCUCAGCCCGGCGCGGAAGAGCCAACCAAAAGCCAAAACCAAGGCCCGGGAGCCGUCCAGGGGCGCCGUGAGCCGACUGAUGGAGAGCAUGGCGGCAGAUGAAGACUUUGAACCCAAUCAGGACAGCAGCUUCAGCGAAGACGAGCUCCUCCCACAGCGCGGUAAUGGCGUGUCAGAGAGGUCCUCCACGCCCGCUCCAGUGCAGUGUGUGUUGGACAAGGACUCAUUAGUGGAUGGACUCAGGGUUCUGAUUCCAAUGGACGACCAACUUCUAUACGCAGGACAUGUGAACACGGUGCACUCACCUGAUAUAUACAGCGUGGUGGUGGAGGGCGAGAGAGGGAACAGGCCGCACAUCUACUGCUUGGAGCAACUGCUGCAGGAGGCUAUCAUCGACGUGAAGCCUCCGUCGGUGCGUUAUCUCCCCGAGGGCACCCGCAUCGCUGCCUACUGGAGUCAGCAGUACCGCUGCCUUUAUCCUGGCACGGUUGUCAACGGAAGCUCAGACAUGGACGAGAACGACGAUCUCAUCACAGUGGAGUUUGACGAUGGCGACACAGGCCGCAUCCCGCUCUCGCACAUCCGACUUCUGCCUCCAGACUACAAGAUCCAUUGUGCUGAGCCUUCCCCUGCACUGCUCGUGGCCAGCUGCUCCAGGAGGAGAGUGCGCAAAUGCAGCAAGGAGGGCAAAGAGGCCGGACCAAAGACGGAUGAAAGUGCUCCAAAGGUGAAAGGAAAGCCUGGUCGCAAACCUAAACCCAAACCAGAAACCUCCUUGAACUCUGAUGGCAAAGACAAAACAGAGUCUCCAUCACCCACUCAGCCUCCCGACAAAGCCCAGGAUGCAACCAAAUCAGCACAGGAGAGGACCUCGUCUGUCCAGAAAGCUGCUCAGGAGAAGCCUCGGCCUGCUUCACGGCCCACGGUGGUGACCCAAACAAAACCGGGACACAAGACUUCUAUCACGUCCUCUUCAAGUAGUCCAACCAUUCCUACUCCAGUACCCAGAAAGCCGAGCUUAGCCCCCGCUGCUAAGCCUCAAGCUAAGCUCUCUCCUUCUAUCUAUCCGUCCACUUAUGGAAAGGUUCUGACUGUGGACCUGUACAGCGAGCCCAAUUUGACGUCAUACAAUGGCCAGCGUAGAGACAGAGACAACAUCAGACCCAUGUCCAGACCCAGUAUGAUUCCAUCAUCUGCUACACCAAAGCCUAGUGGCUCGUCAACACUAAGACCCGCCUCUACUCCAGCAUCCAAAAACAAACCCGACCAUCACAGCAUCUCUAGGCCCGUCAGUUCAGUUCUCAUCCCCAGUCCAGUUGCGAGGCUGCCGCCAGGCAAACCCAGCUCUGCUCUGACUCCUCGACCUUCGUCAGCAUCAUCAAGUCCCUCUGGACACAAGCUGAAGCUGCCCUCUGAGCAGCUGUCCUCCAGGUCCAGCCCCAUCUCCAGGCUCAAGCCCGCCUCCAGGCAGGGGGACAUGGGCACGGUGGUGAAACGGAAGCCUACGUCCGCGGAGCCCCUCGUGAAGCUCGACCACGAGGGUGUCACCUCGCCCAAAACCAAGAAGACCAAGGCUCUGAUGUUGCUGGAAGGCCGGGGAGUCCGACGUGAUCACAGCCCCGUCACCGCCGCCGAUCAGAAGCUGCUCAAAUCCAAACAGAGACAUCCUGAGCGCGAGACUGCGGAUCUGCGGGAGAAAGAGUCCAGCUACACCGCACAAAUGUUGACUAAAGAGAGAGCUGAGAGAGGUAGAGGACAGGCCGUUAAUGCGAAGGAGGAGAAAAAGGAGGAGGAGGACAGAAGACAGGAGAGGAAGAUGAAGGAGGAGUCUCAAAGUAGCAGCAGCAGCAGCUCCGAGUCCGAGGAAGAAAGCGGCAAAGGGAAGAUGAAGCAAAAGAAGAAAUGCACCUCAAGUUGCUCUUCCUCCUCUUCAUCCUGCUCUGGAUCUUCCUCGUCGUCGUCAUCGUCGUCCUCCUCCUCCUCCUCUUCCUCAUCGUCCUCGUCAACAGACGACUCCUCCUGCAGCUCAGAUGAAGAGAGGACCCCCACCCCUCCACCAGGCCCCGUCUCUCCCCUGCCUGCCACAGAGGACAAAGUGAAAGAGGAGGUUCCAGAAGUGGAGGAGGAGGUGAAGGAGGAAGUGGACGUCAAAGUGGAGGAGGAGGAGGAGGAGUCAUCUCCUCUCUCCCAUUCCCCCUCACUCUCUCCGACUCCUGCCACUCCUGUUAAGCCGGCUAAACCCGCCAGCGGGAAGGGCUCCGGGCAAAGGGGGCGUCCUCCUAAACCGAAGCCCAGUGGAGGAGAGGCCAAGGUGGGCAGGCCGAAGCGCAGAGAGGGUGUCCACCUCCCCACCACCAAGGAGUUGGCCAAACGACAGCGGCUUCCCAGUGUGGAAAACAGACCCAAGAUUUCUGCUUUCCUUCCAGCCAGACAGCUCUGGAAGUGGUUUGGGAAACCCACUCAAAGACGAGGAAUGAAGGGCAAGGCUAAGAAGCUCUUCUACAAGGCCAUCGUGCGCGGCCGAGAGAUGAUCCGCAUCGGCGACUGCGCCGUCUUCCUGUCUGCCGGAAGGCCCAACCUGCCCUUCAUCGGCCGCAUCCAGAGCAUGUGGGAGUCGUGGGGCAGCAACAUGGUGGUCAGGGUCAACUGGUUCUACCAUCCAGAGGAGACCAACCCUGGCAAGAAACUCACCGACAAGAAGAACUGGGAACAAAUAUGCGGACAGUCCAUACCAGCUGCUCUGCACUCUUCCAUACAAAGAAAAGACUUUAUGGAGCGCGCCCUGUACCAGUCGUCCCACAGCGACGAGAACGACGUGCAGACAGUCAGUCACAAAUGCCUGGUGGUGGGCGUGGAGGAGUACGAGCAGAUGACCCACACGCGCCGCUACGCAGAGAGCGAGGACCUCUACUACCUAGCGGGCACCUACGAGCCCACCACAGGCAUGAUCUUCAACACGGACGGCGUCCCGGUCAUCUGCUAGGAAAGGAAGAAAAAAAAACAAAACGUGCAACCAAAAUGUGAGGCGACUAGCAGUCAAAAUCCACUCGGGUGUUCCUUCAGAGUUGUCUAGCAAGGAGAUGCUCAUAUAGGUCGUAUAUUCAUGGACUGAUAGUAUUACGUGGAACAUUUGCACACACACGCACACACACACACACAGACUAUGUAAAUACACACCUACACCUAACAGAAAGCUAUAUAGAGGCAAAUAUGAGUGUUUUAUUUUCAUGUUGUAGAUACGUCCGAGUACAGUCGGGAAGCUUUAACGAAAUGUGAAUGACGACACGGGCGGUGAGAGACCGUUGUGAUGUUCCGAUGUUGCCGUGGUGAUGAUGUUACAAGUCCUGUUUGGGUCAUUUAAUUCGGUGUACAGUUAUCUUCUAGAGAACAGCAGCAGCGACAGAUGCAAAAGAGAGGAAGCGAUGCACAGGAAGACAAAAAAGAGGUUGAGACUCCCUCCAAUUUGCUGUUCAACAGAGAGCACUUAAACACAUACAUAUAUAUCGAUAUAUUAUAUAUGCGAGUUUAAUUUAACCCCUCGUUCCCCCUUGACAAUCCAAAGUCAGGCAGGUUCAGCUGUCUCAAACUCCCUCAGACACUCAGGCUAAAGAGAGAGGAAGUCGUCUUGUACUUUUAGCAGCACUUCUCCAUUGUCGUCUUUGGCUUCUUAAAGGAACAAUCCACCCUGAAAUACUUUUCAAACCGUUAUCUGUUUGGCCACUUUGGGGCAAUGUAGUAUUAAAUUGGGUUAACCAAGAAGGCAUAUGCACAGAUUUGACUCGGAGUGGAUUUUUCCCAUUUUUUUCUACCAGUUUGUAAACACAUCAUCGACCUGUACAUGUCUGCCAUUUUUCAUCCGUCCAUUUUUGGCCCUCUGUGUAGUUUGUGCUUUUUGACAGGGGUGGGGGGUGUCUUGUAUGUCUUCCUGGAGUUUUUAUGACAGCCCCCCACCCUCCCAACCCCCCACCGUCCCAUGCCACACCCUCUUUCACACACAAACAAGUCCCUAUUUCCACGCUUUUUAUUCCCCGCUUCCUUUGACUUGUGCCUAUUUUGACCGUUUUUAGGGUGCAGCUAUUGAAUGUCACGUUGAGGGGGCCUUAUUUUUUAUUUUUUUGCCAAAUUGUCUAGCUCCUUCCACCAUCUUGGCCCCUUUGUGGCCACGAAACUGCAAUCCAGUAUAGUGUGACUCUCACACUGAGAAUGAUCUUGUUGAUAUUCAAUAGGUUUUAAUAUGUGCUGCUUGCUCUAAUCUUCUAUAAUGUCACGGGUACAGUCGAGAUUCACAAAAAAAUACAAGAAAGUUUGAUCAUAUGCUGCUAGUUUAUGUUGAUAUUUUCGGUCUGACAAGGUACAUUGAGACUAAAGCGAUAUGACGCACACUUUGGAGUGGAGGUCACACUAAAUGAACACGCGAGGAAAACCUAACAAGUGCCCGUUAUGAAUGUUUCUUUACACCCCCGUUAUCUGCUCAAGCACUUUUUUUUUUUUUUUUUUUACACAUCUUUUGUAAGCUGUCAAGCUGUGUUCAAGCCUUCCCAUCGCUUUCCAUCCAAAGCCUUACAGGGUCCAACAUGUCCUCAUCUUGUUUGCCGUUCAACCUUCUGUGUUUUACUUUGCCUUGCUUUUGCUGUGCUUUUUUACUUUGUAUACAUUUUUUGCAUGUUUUUUUUUGUUUUUUGUGACCACCCCCCCUCUCUGAACAAUCGUCCAUGCCUGCUGACAGGCACUGGGAGCUAGCUGCUAGAGAGAGAGAAAGAGCGAGCGAGCAUAAGAGAGAAUGGGAGAGAGAGAGAGCGCGCGAGGUGGACUGGAGGCUGGUUCUUCGUCUGCUGUUCCUUCAGUAUCGUAAUCGUCCUGUUACAAAAAGAUUAUUUUGAAAAUGAAUAGGAAAAAAAAAAUCAUCUAAGUUUUGUAAAUGAUCCUUCACUGUCAGGUGGAGAGAAAAGCUUAUCAGAAUAUACUUUGUACACGUCUAAUCUUGUUAAAAAAAAAGGAAAAGAAUACAUUUUAAAUCAGAAACCAGAUAUAUUCUGUUAGACUAUUUCGUAUGUUUUUUUUUUUUUUUUUUUUUUUUUUUA